AUGCCCUCUUCUACCGGCAACAAGAUGCUCUUGGAGCAUCUUCACAAGCUUACCGCCCAGCAUGAGCGUGAGCAGAUCAUGAAGACCGCGUCGGCUUCCCCCAAGAAGCCUGGCCGCCUCUCAGCCACAGACCUGGACUCUCGCAAGUCGUCCGAGACCUCUUCGUUCUAUUCGUCCUCAUCAGAGGAUGUUGAGCGCGGUGGCGGUGUCAAGCUCACGGGUCCCGACGCGUUUGUCGCCCACAACAAUCCCUUCGCCCGCCGUUCGCAGGCUGCAGCUCAAGCUCUGCGCCCUACCUCGUCCGCCACGGCCACUGUCCGGACCUACAAGUUCCCUCCUCAGGACACUGACGAAGAGGAUGACGUCUUCCAGGACACCGUGGACGGCUCUGAGCAGCGCUCUACGAUUGUGCCUUCUGGCUCUUACAGCCUUGGUCAGGGUCAUCUUCAGAACCCCGAUUUCAAGGGCAAGGGCGUCGUUCGUCGCGGCGAUUACGUCGGCGGAUCUCCCAUCAAGGGCGGAUCCUCCAUGCGCAACGCGUCCGAUCCUCAAGCUACCUACCCCACUGGCGCUUGCAUCUUCGUUGCCAAUCUGCCUGAGUACAAGGAUGAUAUCACCCUCGAGGCGGCUGUCAUCAAGGAGUUUCAGAGAUUUGGUGUCGUCUUCGUCAAGAUCCGUCGCGAUCCUCAGGGUCUUCCCUUUGGCUUUUGCCAGUUUACCACCAAGGAGCAUGCUGAGGAUGCUCGCAUCAACGGCAAGGGAUCCGUGAUUCUCGGUCGCCCCUGCCGCACAGAGACGGUUCGAGCCAACCGUAAGAUUGCCCUUAUUUUCCAUCCGCAACUAUCACCGAUACUCAUUGACAUAGGCACGUACAUCAUCUACCGUCGUGAUCAAGUGGACAUCACCAUGGAAGAGGCGAACGAGCUCUUGCAUCCCUUUGGCGUGAUCGAGACCUUACGCCAGCUUGAUCCCCAGAUUCGGGAGCAGCUUCAGCUGCCCGUCACGAUUCGAGUUCAGUUCGAGGUCUUCGACCCGUCCCAGCAGGUUCUUCGAGCGUUCCGCCUCAACAAGACGUACAGAGUCGACCCCUUCGAUUUCAAGAAGGCCAUGCAGGCCAGAGCCCGCAACUCUGACCGCGCUUUUCUUGACCACUAUGAUCGCGAUCGCCGCUCCAUCUUCGUUGGAGACCUCCCCCUGACUUUCACCGAGAACGACGUUCGAAUCCUCAUGGAGGAUAUCGGCGCCGUUGUGUCGGUUCAGGCCAAGCGCCUCGAGUACGCUCGCGAGGGCCCCAAGCUCAUUGCUUUCGUCGAGUUCACCAACGCGUCGUACCCCGACCUUGCCAUUGAGCGCUAUCACCUGAACAACAUACAGGGAUCCUUCAUUCGUGUUGAACGUCGCACCGACAAACGCCGCCGCGAUCCCGCCCGCAACCAGAGCAAUGGCUACAACUCGGGCAACGACUACAGCCAGGGUCAUGGCUCCAACUGCAAUGGCUCUCACGAGGAUAUCAACGGCGGCAAUCCUCCUUCCACUCCUGCUUUCGGCCCGAGAGGCAUCAAGGCCAUUGAGGCUGGUCCUUCUUCUAUGCCCUAUGGCCAGGGUAUCCAGGGCACCCCUUCCAUGAUGCGACCUGCUUCGCACCAUUCCACCCAGGCCAUCAUGAUGGCCUCUAGCGACCACGCGCAGCAGAACGCUCAUGCUCAUCUCAACGCUCGCCAGAACGCUCGCCAGAAUGCUCAGGGCCCGCAUAACGUUCAGGGAAUGCAGAACCACAUGCAGACUCAGAUACACCCCGUCCAGCAGCAGAUGCAUUCUGUUCAGCAGCAGAUGCAGGCUCAGAUGCCUAUCCAGAUCCAGGAUCAGCAGAUGCCUACCCAGCUGGCUCAGCAGCAGAUGGCUUCCCAGACCCAGCAUCAGAUGGUCCAAGGAAUGCACAUGCAUCAGUCCGCCGGUCAGCACAUGGGUCAGACUCCCAUGCAGUUCCCCAUGGCCCCUCCUCCUGUCCCUGCACAGGCUGCCACUCCCAUGCAUAACAACAUGGCUUACAACCCGAGCCCCUACGCUGGCAGCCCCUACUCUCAGGGCGCUUUCUCCCAAGGUGCUUUUUCACAGGGCCCUGGAUCCUCGGUUGGCUUCAUCACUCCUCAGCAGGCGACGCCCAUGCCCUUCUGGGGUUACGGUCACGGCACUCCUCUCUGGACCCCGUUCCCCGUCGAUCCCGCCGCAUUCGCGGCUGCGGCUUUCUCGUCGCCCGUUCGUCAGCCUCACCUCAACGGCGGCUUCGCUCCCCAGUCCAUCCCCGCCCAGCAGAUCGAGACUAACCAAGUCAAUGUCACCCAGUCUGAGCCUGUCAUGACGGAGAAUGGCCAGCCUUACGUUGGCGAGGGUUCGGUCGGCAACUACUAA